AGUGCACGCCGGGAGGACUGAGCCGGUGGUGAAGGGGGACCAGAGGAACCAGAGGAACCAGAGAGACUUCUGAGAGGGAUCCGAACCAUCUGUCAGAGAUCCGAACCUGCAGCAGAGAUGCCCGGCCCGCUGCCGCUGCUGAUGCUGCUGACGGCUCUCCUGGCCGGCGGAGACACCUCCAGACCCGGUUUGACCCGGCGAUCCGCCCCCCUCCGUCCUCCGGUGGCUCCUCUGUUCCAGGAAGAAACCCCGGCCCGGCCGCUGCUCCUCCAGGAAGAAACCCCGGCCCGGCCGCUGCUCCUCCAGGAGUUAGUCCGGCCCAGACGCCAGUCCUUCCCCGAGCUGGUGCGCCCCCAGCCUCACCUGGUGCACGACAUGGGCCGGCCGGAGAUCCACGAGACCAAGGCCGAGCCGUCCAACUCGUCUCAUCUCAACGCGGCGCCCUCCGGUGGCCAGGAAGUAGCCAAGACCGCCGACCUGGAAGUAGCCAGGACCGCUGACCUGGAAGUAGCCAGGACCGCUGACCUGGAAGUAGCCAGGACCGCUGACCUGGAGGACAGCGUGGACGUGGAGGACGAGAUGGAGCGGAUGGUCCACCUGGCCGUCCUGCGGGACGGAGACGGCUUCACGGGACGGACCGAUGCCGGCGACCCGGAGACGGAGCUCCGCCGCGGGCCAGGGGCCGCCGAGGCCUCCCAGGAGGCGUCCGGCGUCUACGGGACGGACAUGGAGGAGAGAGAGCGAGGGGAAGACGGAGGAGAGGAUCCGUUCAGGAGGGAGGGAGAGGAGGAGUGGGAGAGGGACGAGGACAGGAGGAGGAGAGACGGAGACCUCAACCACACCACGCCGGAUCUGGACGCCCUGAUUGGUUACACGUCCUCGUUGAAUCCAUCCAGGGAUCCCGGCGGCUCCUUCCCAGCCGAGGUGCAGGAUUCUGGGCUGCAGGAGCACCGCGGCCCCCCGGUCCUGGAGGUGAGCCCGUUGGAGAGGGAGCUGUGGGAGGCCCAGCGGGAGGAGGAGGAAGUUCAGUCCAGCGGGUACGGGCUCCUUCAUCCCUCCGACUCCACAUCUGGAGCAACAUCUGCUGCUGCAGGAAACCAGGGAGGAACCGCCAGCCCGGAGUCCCACACCGGCACCGACUUCGGACCGCUGGGAGGAUUCACCACAGGUGAGAUCCAGGAUGGAGAGACGGAGGGAGGUGAAGAACGAGGCCGGGGCCCCGCGGGGGUUUUUACCCAGAAUCCCACUGCCCCGGAGGUGGGCCUGGCCCCCAGCAGGAGGCCCCUGCAGCCCAGCGUGGAGGAGGAGGAGCUGGACCCGGGUCUGCUGGACCUCACAGGAUUUGGACCGGAAGAGAAGAGCGGCGAGCGGAAGAAAGGGAGGUGGAGGCCGAUGGAAGGAGAGGAAUCAGGGAUCAGACCCCUCGUCCCCCUCACCACGGACCCCUCACCCACCAGGGACUUCACCGAGCCGGAGCCGGAGCCCAAUCUGGAGGAACCUCGGCAGGUGGUGUGUCUGAACUGGAGCGAGCUGGCUGGGCGGGGAUACGUCAUACUCAACAUGACGCAAAACAUGAACUGUGAGGAGUUCCGAGCCUGCAUGGGCGUCCGGCUGCUGAAGAUCAUAGAGCAAGUGUUCGCUCGCAGGAUGAACAGCCCUGAAGGAUCAUGGGUACUUUACCUGAGCAAACCCACACACCAGCAACACCAGCUGCUGAUGAACGUGGCGUCUGGGCAUGGAGUGAUCGAGACCCGAGACGUGCUGGACAUGCUGGGAGAGAUCAGGAAAAGUCUCAACAAGGUGGGCAUCCAGAACUACAGCGCGGCCAGCAGCUGCCAGUCUCGGCCCAGUAAAAGCCGCAGCGACUACGGGAAGCUGUUCGUGGUUCUGGUCAUCAUCGGGUCGGUCUGCAUGGUCAUCAUCACAUCUGGAGUCAUUUACAUCUGCUGGCAGAGACGGCUGCCCUCAGUCAAGACCAUGUUCCGCGGCGAGGAGCUCCACCACGUGGAGAACGGUUACCAUGACAACCCCACCCUGGACGUGACCAACGACGGCCAGCCCGAGAUGCAGGAGAAGAAGCCGAGCGCCAACGGGCUGGCGGGCGUCGGGGACGGAGUCAAGGAGGACGGCAGCCGCUGGCAGGUAUUUGUCAAUCAAGCAGUAACCGAAGACGAGGAGGAGGAGCAGGACACGCAUCUCUGACUGGUGAGGGAUUAGAGCUGAAGAGGAAGAUGAAGAGGAGGCGGGAGCAGAAGUUUGAGUGACAGACGUGACGUCCUGUCGUCAUGGAGACUGGACCCCGUGAAACACGAACGCUGACGAUGGGACGUCAGACAUCCCCAUCACAUAAAACACCUUUCUUUAGUGUGCCUUACGCUCCGCCCCCGUCCUGCAGCUGCAUGGUCUAGUUUAGGUGUUAGUGACGCGUCCAGCAUGGUCUCCAUCCCAUAAUAUCUGAAUGUACAGCAGCUUCUUACAACUCCGUUGCCUUCAUGAGUCUUUUAGGUCGAUCCUCGGAUCCAAGCGGUUCACACUCAGAAUCAAUCAAGAUGUGAUCAAAGUGUACAGAUUUACAUUUACAAGGUUUCACUAAAACAUGGUUCUCAGUAUUCAACAAUUACAGCUGCUUUUAAAAGUCUGCGCUCGGAGGUUUUUACUUCAAAUCCAGUGUAGCGGCGUGUAAAGUAAAAAUCAUGAAAAACUAUGGAGAGAAAAUCAACUCAAAACAUUUGUGUGUUUGUAUUAUCUGA